AUACACGCUUUGUUACAUUUCGUAGUCAAACGCUCUACUUAUAUCUUUCACUCAAGUCCACAAUUUUAGCAGUUUGAUGAAUACAGGCCCAGGUCUGUACCGUGUGAACUCAAGUGUUGGAGAAAUCGUCAUCUUAGCUUAACUGUUUGUGGAAAUAUAACAGACCAGGUGUUGUUCAGAUCACUACAUAACCAAAAGCAGGUAGGCCUCUUGAAAACUGUAAAUAAAAACAGGCAUCUACAUAAUGUCAGAGGAUCAAGUAGAAUCUGGCACUAAUUCAUUCCAGUUGCUUCCCCUCUGCUGUUGUUUUGAGUCAGUAAAACUUACUUGAGAUUAAAAGCCUCCCAGUGUUUCAUACUCCCUACUGUUCCUGGUAGACUGGGAGAAUUACCCACAAUGCAACUCAACAACCAACACUUUGUUUGGAGAUUUGCGCUUGUAAUGCUAGUUGUGGCUAAUGUAGCCUUAUCACAUAAAUGUUGAAAAUGUUUGAAUUGCAGUGCAGAGGAUCUGUUGUUACAGUGUGUGUGUGAGAAAAGAACUAGCCUAAAGCGGAGAUGAGGAGCAUGCCACAGAGGUCUGCAAACGGCCAUAAAAAGUUGGAGAUGUACUGUGCAUAAUCCCACCAUCCUCAGGGAGAACAAGUGUUUCCCUGCAACUGGAUUGUUCCCUGACAACGCGUGUUUCUGUGUCCUGACAUAUUGCGUAACACCACAGACUUGCAUCUCUGGUGUCUCCCCACAGCAUUUUGCUUCCUUCGUUUCUUUCGAGUUGCUGGUGAGCUCUCGGCACAGGCCACUCAGAGGGCUCACAUUCCUGCAGUAAGCCUAUCUCAUUGACCCCCCCACCCAACACCCUAAAAAAAGACAGGACCAUCAGCAGCAUGGUAACCCUCCCCUUUCUCCCUGUCAGGCAACUUUGGUAGUUUGGAUCAGUAGAUGAACGAGGACUCUGAUAUGGCACCUGUAUCCCUGGUCUGAAGGGAUCUGAUGGAGGACAAACCAUCGAGCAAAAGCAGAUUCAGUUAGAUAUUUAAGUGUUCAGAGAGUCCUGAAACGAUCGCAGAACCAUGAGUACCUUUGGCUACCGCAGGGAGCUGAAGAAGUACGAGGAGGUGGACGAAGACGAGCUGCUGGCCACUCUGUCCUCCGAGGAGCUCCAGGAGCUGGAGAGGGAGCUGGUCGACCUGGAUGACAACGUCCCCAUCGGCCUGAGGCAGAAAGACCAGACCGGCAAAACUCCAUCAGGGACCUUCGACAGGGACGCUCUGCAGAAAUACUGGGAGGAUGAAAACAAGAAGCUGCUGGAAGACCAAAGGAUGGAGUCCAACGUCAGACAGGAGGUACGCCCAGAUAAGAGCAGGGGGGAGCCAGUGACUGUUACCACCAGCGACAGCGGCAAGACUCUUGACAGCGACAGGAAGAAGAUUUCGCAAAAGGGGAAGAAAGGUGCCUUUAGCAAAAAUGAUGCGAAGAAAGAUGAGGCGGAAAAGAAAGACGAGUGUAAAAAGGAGGCUCCUAUAAGGAGUAAAUGUCCUCAGAAGAAAAGUCUGUCCAAAGGCUUGAAGAGUGAAUCGAGGAGGACUGAAACCACAGACAAAAACCUGGAUGCAAACUCUGACAGACCUAGCGGGAACCCGAUAAUCAUCGACGAAACUCUGGAGCAGAUCUUGUGUGAUGACCCUACCGUGAUCGAAGUCAACCUCAACAACAUAGAAGAUAUUACCCAGGAAACCUUGCUUCGAUUCGCAGAGGCCCUGUGCACAAAUACUCAUGUCCACGUUUUCAGCCUCGCCAACACCCAUGCCGACGACCGGGUGGCCUUCGCCAUCUCCAAGAUGCUCCGUGAGAACCGCAUCAUUAGAAACCUGAACAUCGAGUCCAACUUUGUGUCGGGUCAGGGCAUCCUGGCUCUGCUGGCGGCGCUGCAGCACAACAGGACACUAGUGGAGCUUCGCUUUCACAACCAGAGGCACAUCUGCGGGGGGAAGGUGGAGAUGGAGAUGGUCCAGCUGCUGAGGGAAAACACCACUCUGCUCAAGCUCGGUUACCAGUUUGACCUCCCGGGACCGCGGAUGACAGCGACCGGCAUCCUGACGCGCAACCAGGACCAACAGCGACAGAAGAGGCUCCAACAGAAGAAGGAAGAGAGUCCUCCAGAGGUGUCAGGACAAGGUUCUGGUUCAUCUGCAGAAAACAGACCACCAAAUAAGCCAUCACAAUGUUCUAAGACUGCUCAGAAUCAAAACAGAAAUCCUCCUCCUCCAUCUCUAGACCCGCCGACAAGGAAGAUCGCCGAAAUGGUCAAACAGCACGAAGGCUCGAACGGCACGAAGAGUCAGUCAAACCAAAGAAAACCCAAGUCAAAGAAGCUCAAGAACGGCGCCAACGAAAAAGAGAGCACAGACAUUCUUAAAGACCUGAAGAACGCCUUGAAGCCGUCACCGCAGAAGAGACGAGACGAAUCGUCACUCCUGCCACCCCCGCAGAGGUCGAGCCGCGACGACCUGAUGGCGGCAAUUCGUGGGAGCAGCAUCAGGUCCUUAAAAAGGGUGGAUCUGUCACAGGCCUGAACUCACCUACCGCUCACAACUAUUCUCACUUUGUAUUGAAAUAUUUCAUUUUUAUUUCACACUAUUUCACUUUUUAACAGUAUUUUACUUAACGUGUCACACAGCGUAGCAGCAGACUGUAUUUGUUUCAGACACUACUGUUGUAUUUUGUUACUGUGUGAAAGCUACUGUGAAUACUGAUGUGUAGAGAAAUAAAGUUUAUGUUCUGACUCAGUCUGCAUGUUUUUCAC